AUGUUUCAGGCGUUUGCUAAAAAUUAUGCGGAGUCAAUAACCCUGGUCUAUUAUUGUUUUACUGGCCUUAUUGCAUUCGCAGCCUUUGCAAUUGGAAACGUUUACUUGUGGAAAAGGGAUCAAAAGAACCAGAAAGAGCGCACUGAGGAGGAGAGGGAAUACCAAGAGAGACGUUACCAAGAAGAAUCAAGAGACCAUCGGAGGCGGGAAUGGCGCCAGUUCUCGGAUAAAAUUAACGCCGAUUACGGCAAGCUGAGAAAUGAAGACAUCCUACAGAAAAUUUCAAAGGUAAAGUACACUUUUGAACAUAUGCGAAUCCACUCAACAGUAACUGGCCUUGAUGUUUUACGAUACAUGCUCACUGAUGAUAACUACCGCAAUUUAGUGAGCGAGUCACCUCACCUGCAGGCCCUUCGUGAAGACCUCCACAUGAUUUUCUUGCCGCUAAAUGACUGCUCUUCUUUGCUUCACUUGGGAGAAGUGCCACCAUAUAUAAAGGAAGAAUUAAGAUUUGUGGUGGAAGAGUUGGGGAAUUUAGCAAAGCCUUUCCUUACAGGUGAACAACAAAGGGUCGCUUUGAAAUGUCUGGAACAUUUUUGCAGUAACAGAUCAUCAAAUGAACAUGGUCAAAGAGGGGUGGAAGGGCUUGGUGUGCGAAUUAAAGCCAUUGUUCCUUACGUAAACAGCUUACAGUUUAUAUCCAUGGAAGAUUGCGAUUAUAGCAAGUGCAAAAAAUUUUCGUUUAAUUUGAAAGAAUCGAUUAUGUUUAACAACCUCGGGAAUCUCAAGUUUCUCGGAGAACUACUGGAGUAUCUAGAAGGUGUGGCGCUCGGUGUCAGAGUCUUCAAAGAACAACCGGCAGAACUGCCUGUUAAAUCGAUCGAGCUGAUCAACGACAGUGAUAGCGAUGAAGUGAUUUUAAUGAAAGUGCUCCAUGAAGUGCGUCUAUAUAUCCAUCUUAUUCUGAACGAAAACCUAUCCAGUGAAGAUAAUGAACGAGUUGAGAGGAACAUAAAGCGACUGCGCCAGCUUUAUGUGAAAGGAGGGAAGGAGAUCGAGUCCGAAGAGGAAAAGAUUAAAACCUUUUGUCAUCGCUUCAUAUUGGACCUCCAGAGAAUUAAGGAUGAAAUACCUCCACAUCUAAUUAAGCAGGGCUUUGGCACACAGUUAGAGGAUUUAUACCUAAACCAGCUUUGUCAAAUGAUCCUUGUUAAGAACCCUGGUUCAGGGGGUUCAGUAGUAUAGUUGGCUGUAGAAGACCACUUUGAAAAGAGAUCUCAUGCAAAUGCCAACUCUCUUAACUACUUCCCAUAUGAUGGAAUCAUUUAAUGGAAUUAUUUAAUGGAAUGUUUUUUCAUUGCGUGACAUUCUCAGAAAAAGAGGAAAUCAAUGAUGUAAUACAACAGAGACUUUCCCGAGGAAAUGAGUCAUAGCAUUGCUGUUGUUUUGAUGUCAUAUGAUAGAUUUUCAACCAGUCAAAGACUUCACAAUUUCACUUCACAAUCGUGGAAUUUUUCAGUAGAGAUGGAGAUGCCUUCAUCACUUAAAUAACUGGAUCAAUGCUAUAACAAUGUCUGUGUUUACAUUUGGAUUUUGUGAUGACCAUAAGUGCAAGAUGUUAUACCAUCUUAUGAAUGUAUUGCUUACCAUCAAAGCUGCUGAGUGAUACUUUAUUGAGUUCAUAGCUUCCAGGUUGAUGAUUGUAGCUUCUGGUGGUUUUCAUUUUAUGAUGUAAUUGUUUGUUAUUGAAUAAUAUUUUUUAAUAGCCUUAAUGUUUGAUGUUCUUUUUUGUAACAUUUUUCUAUAUUCCUUUUGCUGUUCAGUCACUUUUUUCUUUGUCUUUUAUGUAAGAGUACAUUUUUGAUCUUAAACUGACAAAGUCAAUUAUUGGUAUACCAGAAGCCUCAUCUUUGAAUUUUUCAAUUACUUUUUGUUUGUUAUAUUAAAAUAAGGAGAAUUUUCUAGAUAAUCACUAUUGUCAAAUUUGUCUUUAUUAUUCCAAAAGUCUCUAUACACAUCUUCAGUUCCAAUUUCAUGUUAGACUGUCUGUGUCUGUAAAAAGUAAUCUUGCUUUGUUGUUAUACUUAUUUUUAAUAUAAUUAUCAUGGAAAUCAUACAUUAGUGUUUUACUAAGAUUAAGAAUACACAUCUCUAUAUAUGCCUGUAUUUUCAGAGUGAUUGUGAUUGAUUCUUUACUCUAAUGAACAGCUAUAAGAUGCUCAUUAAAAAUUUAUCAUGAUACAUGAGUUGGUUUCAAGCUAUAUUUAAUAAAUUUUUUUCAUCAGUUUCAAGUUUAAUGGUAACUCUUUUGCAAAUAUUCUCCAUAGUUCUGCCAAAUAUGCUGUUAGUCAUAAGCUUGAAGAAGUCUUUUUCAAAUAAAUUUUCAGCAUUAGUUCUUUUGUUUGUGUUAAAAUUUAUGUACUGUUUCAGCCACACUGACUGAUUGAAUUGUAAUACUCAAUGAAUCUUUUUUAAUUUUAAUCCCAAAUCAAGAUAUAAUUGUAGGUUUCUGUAAUGGAGUAUGCACUUUUUUUUGUCAUUUAAUGUUAAUACCAGCUUUUCAACUUCACCUAUUGUUAUGUUGUAAUAAUGUAAUUUCUUCACAUUAAUUUAAAGUGUAUCUUUUGUUACAUUUAUUUUCUCAGCACCAAGUGGGUAGUCAUUAUAUAUUAUGCAAUUUCUGUGGGUACUUCAAGACUGACUUCUAAUAUUAAAUCUUUUUUACUGUCUUAUGUGUAUUUGCCUGUCUUUUCCAUUUCUUUUUCUAUCAUCCAUUUAAAACCAUCAGUAGGUAGAUAUUGGCUAUAUAUGAAAUACCACCUCUCAUUUCUUUUUCAAGAAACUGAAACAUAUCUAUGC